GUCUAUUUCCCAACCGCCAAGAUCACGCCAAGCAACAUCAACUGCGGCGCCUUUAGCGAGGCAUUCAGCAAGAACUUCGUUGUCGUUUGAUUCUUGUCACGAUCAAGAGUCCAGUGUGAAUUAUGAUAUAGAAAAUGUAAAUCCUUUGCAAGCUGGUUACAAUGAGCAACUUAAAAUUGCCAACAAUGAAUUGGUAAAUAUUGCUAGAAGAGAUGAACCAUCUGUGCUAAGAGAUCGGUCCUAUGCAGGUUUGUCCCAGGAAACGUGGAUGGUUGAAGUUAUAAAAGAACUUUCCACUAGAUGCCCCACAGUUGCAGAUAUCUUAUCAAGCUUGCUCGAUUGUUCGAUGGAGAACCUUGGCAAGAAGUUAUCUCCCAUUUGCCUGAUUUAUAGCAUCAUCAUGUUUAUGAGAUGUCAUGAGCUGAGCAGAAUUCAGAGAAUUAACACUGUCAUUCUGACUGAUGGAAAGGCAUCAACAAAUUUGCUUGAGCGACUAAACAAGUAUGGCAUAUGUCUCAGCCCUUCUAAAAAGUAUGUUGUCCUUGAUGACAUUGGCAAACACUUUUUGGAUCAUGCAGUGGAGUUGGUGAAGGCUGGGAAGAAGUUUGUCUUCGUUGUCGACAACAUAGAUUGGGAGGAGAAGGUGCAUGAUAUGCGAAAAAUUCAUCAAAAUAAGAGUGUCCAUGCUGUUGCUACCAGCAUGGUAUUCACCCGAGUUUCAAGUGACCACCUACCUGAUGAUGGCCCUCAGAAAGAUAUAAAAACUUGCAACUUCCGAGAAAUAGUUGACAUGAAGGAUGAAGAGCUAAAGGAGAUUCACUAUCGUUACAAGAUAUUGGUAGCAAGAGUCUUAAUCAAGAUGUUUCCAGAAUUCAGCAGAAUUAAAUCAUACAUAUCUCAGGAGCUUCUACUCACUCAUGAACAUUCUGAUACAGCAUCUUGUAAGUCAGAAAUUAUUACUAUGCCUGUACUAAUGAAAGAUGAGAAAAGUAUAGCGAUUGUGUUGAUGUUCUUGACCAGCUGGAAGAGUGGACACACGAGAUAUACAAGGCAAGUGGCAAGUGUCAAGAUCAUGCAGACCAUGCAUCUGCUUCCCAUCCCUUGA